AUGAACUGGAAGCCGGGAAGGGACUGGGUGCAGGUUCUAAGACCCCCGGGGAAGUAUGCAGUGCCAUGCAUGAACGGGUUUCUCGAUAUGGACUUUGAUAUUGACACAAACGCAGACAGAUACCGCAGAGCUGCAGUACAGCACCUCGCACUCUUUGUGCCAUGGGAGAAGUUCACUACAGCAGCAUCAGGCGAUAUUAAUGAAAUCUGGGAACACUGGAGACGGCGACUCCCCAAAAGACUUCAGACUAUCGCAGGCAACAUCCAGCUCUUGAAGCGAUCAGCGGAAGAUGCGCGGCGAGACGCGAAGCAGUGGGCAGUUGCAGGGGACGAUGCCAUUUUAGAUGAUAUCGAUGCUAUGGGGGAUGAUAUCCAAGAUUCUAUGGGCCCAGUAAAAGCGUAUCGCUCAGAUCAGGUCGGCCAGCUUCGCCGACUGAUGGAAACAGUACGGGGUGCCACAGCUCCCAACCAGGUGACCGCUGGUUCGGAGUCUCUCGUUAAGCUGCUAGAUCAGCUUCAUGAAGCCCACGCAGAUAUCACCGACUUUGCAGAUGAUCUUGAGACUGUCGCCCCUGCUGAGAGCCUUGAGCAGUACCAGCCAACUAUGGAGAAGAUAGCAUAG